AUGAGUGAAAGUACGGGCAAACAUCAUUCCCAUCGUAAUGAUAAUGAGGAAAAGCAGAAAAUGAGAAUCCGCAUUAAGAAGCCGAGAGAAUUCGAUGAAAAUGGUGUUCCGAAACCACAUAAACAUGUUCAUACUCAUUCUAGCCGCAAUACCCAAAAUAAUGACACUAAAUUCACAUAUGCAGAAGUCAGCGUUUUGCCUGUAACGACUACUGAUCUCACAACUCUUACUCAAAACACAAGUACAAUCACAGAUACUCAAAAUAACAACCAAAAGAGAAGCCAUUCUCACAAGAAUGACAGCAAAUCCCGUCCAAAGGAAAGAGGUCUCCCACCUCCAGAAAACAAUGCACCACAAGCUAAGAAAUCUCAUCAUCAUAAGGAUUCUUCUGCUAAUAACAAGUCAGUAGAUAAAGAAUCUACCCAGCAAACUACCCAGCAAGAUGAUAAGAACAUUUUAAGCGAUCUCGGAUUAGAAGCAAAGUACUCCGAAACAAAGAUCGGAAAAAGAUUCGUCAAACAUGAUACUGUUGACGAUUUCUAUGAUGGCGAAGCCCCACCACCAUCCACAGUUCUCGAAUCAAGAGCCGAUUCCACCGAAGUUAGCGAGACCCAGCAACUUCAUGGCGAAUUACAGAGAAUUGACUUCCAUGAGUAUAUUAACGAUCCAUAUUUCUACGAACUUCAGAAAGAACUCGACUAUAUCUACAACGAGCAGCUCAAAGCAGCUCAUCCUGAGCUAAAUCCAACACUUAGCCAAAUUGUCGGCGAAACAAUCGACGAAAACCCACGCCCUCUCUACGAAUUCGAGGAAAUACACCCAAGCAAGCUUUAUCCGAAGUCCACAUGCCCUGCAAAGUGGAGAUUAGGAUAUGAAGAGCCAAUUGAAGUUGUUAAGAGAGAAAUUGAGGAAGAAGAUAUGACAGAAGUCGAAGAACUUAUAUCAUGUGACCCAGAAUCAGCUGAAUUUGUUGAUGCUGACCCUUGGGAACAAAAUGUCGAAAGAUAUGUUGAACAAACAAUGACACUCGAUCCAAAUGAGGACAAAAAUGAUGAAAGUAAAGAGGGAGAAUCACUCCAUUCAAUGCAGGAUGUAUCAUACGAAGAGGAAGCGUAUUAUUAUACUGUAACUGCAGAAUAA